CGCAUGCGCAGUUGAGAACCGGCGGCGGCGAUGUCGGUGUUUCAUGAUGAGGUGGAGAUCGAGGACUUCGAGUACGAUGAGGAGACCGAGACCUACAGCUACCCGUGCCCGUGCGGGGACCGCUUCCUCAUCACCCGGGAGGAUUUGGAGAAUGGGGAGGAUGUGGCCACCUGCCCCAGCUGCUCCUUGAUUGUGAGGGUGAUCUAUGACCAGGAACAGUUUAUGUGUGGUGAAGUAGUCUCAGCACCUACGAGCAAAGAAUUGGUUAAAUGCUGAUGAAUGCUAUGUGGACUCUGCUCUUCUUGAACAAAAAAAACAAUGUGUGGAUGUGGAAAAACUCGCAGAGCUCUGUACUUCUAGAGGUGUUUGCUCCUCAAAUACCUGUGCAGCGACUGACUACUAUUUAUCAACAGCCUCUAGUAGUGUGAAAUAAUCCAAAACAUAAGUGGGUUUGUGCCUGAAAGCAUAUAAUUCUUAAAUUAUUGUAAAAUGUUUUAAGACUUUGAGAAGCUCUUGAGGAUAGGAUUGAAAUCAACAAAAGUUUUUUUCCAGUCCAUUGCAUAUAAGGUUGUGAAAUUUGUAUGCUAAACCUAGCUAAAGAGUAGUUAUUCUCCAGUCUCUGGACCAGCAAAGUCUCCUUGUUGCUGCACAGAAUGAAAUACUUGGAUCAUCAACCAGUGGGGGCUUAAGAAAAGGUUGGCUCUAUUAAUGAUGUAUGUUACAAAAUGGUUCGCCACAUGGAAAAACGUGGACUGUUAGAAUGGUAGAAGACUUUUUCUGGUUCGGGCAAUAGAAAGUGUUCUGGUUAGAAACAAACAGCUGCAGUUUCUGCCUUCAGUGGGUACAACUUAUUUGCUGCACCUGUCAUAUCUGUUGCUUGCUACAUUAAAGUAAACAAAUCUUUAGUCCUAGAGCCUUAAGCAAUCAUGUGAUAAUGGCUACCAAGCUAAAGUUACUUAAAACAAACUAGGUAACUUCUGAUUCCGUUAUUUAGUUUGCACAAAGAGAGACAUGGUGGGCCACAUUCAGUAAUAUUCGUGCAGUCAUGGUAACUUCCCAUGAAUGCACCUGCACUCCCAGUGGGGUGAAUGGGUGUAACUGUGGGCAGCAUUUGAUCCAGUUUUUCCUGAACAACUUAGGGGAACUCAUCUGACCCUACUACAUGAAAUAGUCAAUAAGGCUGCAAGUUAUUCUCAAUGCUGUUUGUCAAUGUAUGAAUAGUGUAGCUAUGUUUCUAUUUGUACGUCUCAACAUUUAUAUUAUUCUUUACCAAUGUAGACCCUGGUCCAGUAAGUGCUUUCCCAGCAGGAGUCUAUGCAUGAGUGCAGGUUUGCAUAUGACUAAAUGGUUGUCUUAAGACAGAGAAAACCUUGAAAGAACACACUCCAAAGUACUUUAUUCUUGGGCUGCUUUACAGAUUCAUACUUUAUAACACUUAUGUGGUUUGUUUACUACUCAUGUCACUCAGCUUGGGCACUGAAUAUAAACAAGUCAGUUUCACUAUUUCAAGCUUUCCUAUGUUAAUCCAGUCCUGCAAUAAGUGAGUUUGUAUGUGCUAGAGGGGGAUAACUAAAUCCAAACAAAAUCAUAAGGGAAAAAAUUGUUAUGAGGCUUGGUAAAACCUUGUUUUUGCCAAACCUAGAUGGUUCCAAAAUGUAUCCAUUAACUACAAGUUCUGAAUCUGAACUGGAUGAUACUAUGAUUUUAACAAAUAAUUGUUUCAUUGGUUGGCCACAAGGUGGUGCUGGAUUCCUAUGUUUAAAAACUGCUGUGGUCUCAAUUUAUUUAAAAUAUAUUUUUACAAAUAUUUAUUUUGUUUAUUUAAAUAAAAGUUUUUAAAACUGUAUCAUUAAUUGUAAGGGACCAUCAUUUAUUCUGAUUGUAUAGCACCUAGAACAGUGGGGUCCUGUUGUAUUGAUACUGAUUUUAAAGGCCUAAGGAGUUAAAGAUCUUUGUAAACUCUUUCACUGUCCAGCAUUAAACAGUGAUUGUUAGGCUCAGAGUUAUUUUUACAGAAACCUUGGAUUUACAUGGUUACUUGGCAGACACGCAAAAGCAUUCAUUCAGGUUGACAGUUUAUUGAUUUAACAAAAAAAAGAGAACAAGGAAUUAAAACAAACAUUUAUAUUGAAACUGUGGUUGAGUGAUUAUAUAAAACAAACUUAGUAAGACCCUAUCAGUCUCCCUUCUUUUAGAUUAGAAACAUCAUUAAUAAUCUUUGAUUUAAAGGAAAAAGUUCAUUUUACACUCAGUCCUGAUGUGUGAAGGGCAUUCACUUAUCCUGCUGUUAACAGACAGAUGCAAGGUAGCAUAGAAACAGGAUAAAAAAUAAAUGGGUGAAAUGCAUGUUUUGUUAUUUUUUGGAAGACUGGACAGCUGGUUCAUUACAAGUGGAUGCUUUAGCUGGCAAGUCAACCAUGACACCUGCUGCUUAGACCCUGGUUCAGGCUCUGGUCAUGGAUGUCAUCUGAUUGGAUUCUUUCUCCUUAACAAGGAAGGAUGAAUGCAGUAUAGUUGAUUUCAGAAUUCAAUGAAAAGCCCGAGAAUGAGAGGAGGAAAGAAGGGGGAUAGAAAGCAAUACAACAAGGAAAGGGGCAAUUAGAAACACACACACACACAGAGAGAGAGAGAGUGCGAGCCUUAAACAAGAACAAGGCUAGCUGGUUUUCCUCUUGAGAAGAACGUCCGUUACCCUCAUCUGCUCUUUCUGACUUGAAGCUGAGAUGAGUUGCAAUGCUGGGAAGUUGGGAGAUGAGCUGGGGAUGGUCGCUUUUUAAAACCCAGACCCUCGCGCCCCCGCCCCCAAAAGAGUAAUAGUGAAGGACACAUUUUAUCCUCAUUAUUUUGUACAACAAUUAAAUCUAUUUCUGUAAAGCCAAACUUGGCAUAGAUAACUUUUUUUCCCACCUUUUCUUGUUUACUAAAUAUCUCACCACAGUCCUUGACUUAUAUCAGUACGCCAUUUUUGUUUGGACUAAUUCAAUUUUUCUAUUUGGUUUUCUUGCACCAGUUAUGAGCCGUGGGAGCAAGGGGUAGGCUGGGUCUCCCGUGAUUACUAUUGGCAUUUGUAUGUCAUCAAUGGUUAUUUUGCUGUCCAGAAAUAAAGUCACGGAUUGCAGCUUUCUGAA